AUGUCUAUGCUCAGAACGAUAAAACCUAAAAAUGCUCGAGUAAAAAGGGCUUUGGAUAAAAGAGAACCUCAAUUGGUCGAAAAUGAGAAGACAGCUAUUUUCGUCAGAGGUCAAUCAACCAGUGAGGUAGUGAGAAAUGUCAUGAAAGAUUUAUACGCACUCAAAAGACCCAAUGCUAUAAAUUUCUCUCGCAAAAAUGACAUCCACCCAUUUGAAGAUACAUCUUCCCUUGAAUUCUUUGCCAACAAGAACGACGCCUCAUUGUUCGUCACUGGACUCCACUCAAAGAAGAGACCUCAUGAUUUAGUGUUGACAAGGAUGUUCGAUGGAAGAGUGUUGGAUAUGAUUGAAUUAGGAGUCGAUGAGUUCAAGGGAAUGAGUGAUUUCGAGUCACCAAAAUCGUCAGUCGGUGUCAGACCGUUAAUGGUAUUCCAUUCCGAUCUAUUCGAUACUCAUCCAACAUACCAACAACUCAAAUCCCAUUUACUCGAUUUCUAUAAUGGACACGCAAUAUCCGAAAUACCUUUGAUCGGUGGAUUAGAACAUGUUAUUUCCAUUACGGCAGGACCCGUAUCCGAUGAAAUUCAAUUACCAAAAGUACAUUUCCGUGUAUACACAGUGAAAUUAAUUGGUUCAGGAUCAAAAGUACCUAAAUUACAAUUAACUGAAAUGGGUCCUUCGAUUGAUUUUACCGUCAGAAGAAUCCAAGAAGCAGAUGAAGAAUUACUGAAAAUGUCAAUGAAAAGACCUAAAAUCGCUAAAUCAGAUAUCGAAAAGGGUCUCGGAAAGAAGAAGAAGAAUAUUGAAACUGAUCAAAUGGGUGAUAAGAUCGGUAAGAUCCAUUUGGCAAAACAAGAUUUAGGUAAGAUGCAAGGUAGAAAGAUGAAGGGUCUUAAAUUGGGUAAGAAAACAAAAUCGCAAACGGGAGAAACUGAAGGAAAUGUCAACGGUGGUGGUGACAUCUGA